UCAUAUCUAUCACAUAUAUAGUAGUAACAAUUAAGAAAGAAACAAUUAAUGGAGUUGAUAUAUCUAAUACUCUCCCCCAUUAUUAUUUCCUUGUUCUUCCUCUUCCAUGGCCUCAACCUUUAUCGGAGGAGAAGGCUACCUCCUGGUCCCCUCGGCCUUCCCAUCCUCGGCAAUCUCCUCGACCUUGGGGCAAAACCGCACGAGUCCCUUGCCAAGCUUUCCCAGAAACACGGGCCCCUUAUGACCAUCCGACUAGGCGGCAUCACAGCCGUUGUGGCAUCCACACCCGAGGCUGCAAGAGAAAUCCUUCAACGCAAUGAUGUAGCAUGCUCGGGUCGUCCUGUCCCAGACGCUGUCACCACCUUAAAACACCCUGACACGGCCGUGCUAUGGAUACCACCCAACGAAACAUGGCGGGCCAUUAGAAAGGCCCUUAACCUGUAUCUCAUCAACCAACAUAAACUUGACUCCCUCAUGCAAGUCCGUGAAAACGUUGUGGAAGGUAUGUUAGAGUUCCUUCGGGAGUCUGCAGGGCAGGAAAAGAGAGCCGUGGACAUUGGAACGAUGGCAUUUGGGGUGGCAUUGAACCAGUUUGCUAACACGUUUUUUUCAAAAAACAUGUCUGGCUACGAGUCCAGAGAGAUCAAGGGGUUUCAAACAGCUGUGGAGAUUGCGAUGGAAGUGCAGGGCAAGUUCAAUCUAGCAGACAUAUUUCCGGUCCUGAAAACGUUGGAUCCGCAGAAGGUAAGGGUGCGGGCAAAGGCGACUUUCGACUGGUUGGAUGACGUGAUUCAAGGUUUUGUAAAUGAGAGGCUAAAACAUCGAGAGGCCAAGCUUCCAAGGUUUAAUGAUAUGUUGGAUUCGCUGCUGGAUUUUAGUGAAGAAGAUGACAAAGUCGACUUCAAUCUCACCCACAUCAGGACUUUACUUGGGGAUGUGACGGUUGCAGGAACAGACACGAUUGCAAGCUCAACCUCAUGGGUAAUGGCUGAAUUGUUACUUCACCCUGAUAUGUUUAUGAGAGUCCGUAAAGAAGUCGGCGAAAUAGUGGGAGAAGAUGGAAAAGUUGAAGAGGCCAAACUCCUUGACCUGCCUUACUUGGAUGCUGUUAUCAAAGAAACAAUGCGACUUCAUGCAGGGUCACCUCUUUUGGCACCUCACAUAACCGAGACACAAGUCAAAAUCGGCAACUAUCUUUUACCAAAAAACACACAUAUUUUUGUGAAUGCAUGGUCCAUGGCACAUGACCCAAAGUAUUGGGAUAACCCGAUGGUGUUUAUGCCAGAAAGGUUCUUGGGAAGCAAGGUUGAUUACAAGGGGCAGUAUUUCGAGUUUAUACCGUUUGGGUCAGGCAGAAGAAGGUGUCCUGGAAUGCCGUUGGCUCAUAGGAUGCUGAGUUUGAUAGUGGCCUCAUUUGUGUAUCAUUUCGAUUGGGAGCUUCCUUAUGCCGCAGAAAAGAUGGACAUGAGUGACAAGUACGGGCUUACAUUGCUUAAGGCAACACCCCUUGUUGCUACCCCUAUACCGGCGGCCUCUCAAUAAUUAAUACUACUCCAAUUAGUAGUGACGACUACGUACUGCUAAUUAAAUAAAUACCGAGUGUAUUCCAAGAUUGAAAUGCCCGGACUGGCAGAAAUCCAUCCAUCAAACUAUUAAGGGUUACAUACAUAUAUACUACUAGAAUAAGCUUCACACAUACGGGUAUGAAAAUAAUUAUUAGUAAACGAAUGAGUAUUUGUGUUGCAUAUCUAUAUAUCAUUCUAGCUAUAGCAUCUACUGUUAUAUGGUUAUAUAUGAUAUGAUGUCUUGACUAUAUAUUUAGUGAAUAUGUAAUACAGUAAUUUGGUAAUAUACUCGU